CGGAAGUGAGUUUCUGGGUCUGGUCUGGUUCAGUUUAGGGCAGAUUAUGGGACUGGCGGAUCAAUAACAUGAUCGAUAAGAGAUCGAUUACCCAGAGGCGCCGCUGACAGCCGACCCAAGUCGAACCCGGUCGGUCCGGUCAGGUUCGUCAUGUCCAGACAGAGGGGCGGGAAGACCCUGAUCAUCACAGAUGAUGAGGAGGAGAAGCAGGAUGAGCUGAACCCAUUCUCCUUCAAAGAGUUUCUGCGCUGGAAGAACCAGGACCAAAACCACCACCCGGAUCAGGAUCAAACACACAGAAAGGAGGAGGAGUUGGAGCAGAGCUUCCAGUCAUUUGUUGACAGCAGCUCCUCCCUCUGCACUAACGAGGAGGACGAUGCAGAUGAAGAUAUCGAGGAAAAGGAGACAAGGUUCUCCUCUAAACCUGAAGGAGCUGCAGGAGGAGAGAACUAUGAAGGAGAUGAUGAGAUCUCCAUGACUGAAGCAGCUGGCUCCUGCAGGGGGAGGAGCGGGAGGAGCAGCCAGGUCCAGCAGCUGAAGGAGGAGAACACCUCGCUAAGGAGAACCCUCAGGGAGCUGCAGAGGAGAGCCGAUCUCCAUCAGUGCAGGGUGUCAGAGCUGUCUGAGGAGCUGCUGCAGAGGAGGCGUCAGGAGGAGAAGGAGGCGCGGGACCUGGAGAGCAUGGUCCACUCUGUGGAGCAGAACCUGCAGCUGAUGACGAGACGAGCAGUGAAGGCUGAAAACACAGUUUCCAGACUGAAGGCGGAGCUUCAACAGCUGCAGGUGGAGGUGGACUCUCUGCGAUCAGAAAACAACCGUCUGAAUGCUGCAGAAUCUCAGGUUGUCAUGACGAUGAGACAAAAUGCUCAGGUGGCGUCUGAGUACCUGAACAAGUCGGCAAGCCACGCCCACUCCUCCAUCAGCUGCUGGAGGAAGCAGAGACUCUACGUUUGGUUUCUCAUCUCCUGCAGUCCAUCGAUAAGAUCUCCAUCGUCCACAAUGAAACUUGAACACCUACAGGACACCUGAGGAUGUGGUUGCCAUGGAAAUGGUGGAGUUGGAGCCCCAAGCUUCUACUAUGAGAAGCAGAGAGGAACAAUGAUAAAGAUUUAUUUUCAGCUCUGCACAUUUGCUCUGUUUUUGGACUCAUUUUUAAUAGUAAAACUUUUAUUGGUUUGAUUUCUGUAAAAUUAUGUGAUGUAAAGCUUUAGUUCUGCAGAUUAUCUUAACCUUUUUUAUGUGGGUUUUAGUGCAGAUGUCUCAUCCAGGUUCUGAAUAAGAUGAUCAGAUAUGACAAAAUCAUUUAUUACAUUUUAUUUUCUGUUGAUUUGAGCUCUAACCUCAGUUUUAGUUUUUUAAAUCUGCAUGAUCCAUAAUUCUUCUUUGUACUUUUUCUUUAUCCGCAAUAACUGACUUUCAUUUUUAUGUGCAGAGACAAAAUAAAAACCAGAAAUAAAUAA